UUAAUUGUCAUCCUUUCGACUUGUCCCAGUACUUGAAGUUCUUCGCAAGGAAUUCUUCGUGUUACAUGCAAUUUCCAAGUUCCUUUUGUCUCUCUUCGGCGGUUCGUGACGGAAGCAUUUUUAAUUAGGCUUCUGGAUGCCCCAGGUGCUACCCGUCGUUUUCUAUACAGAUAUACACUUACGCGUUAGUUGUAUAUACGCGCCGAAAUGACUCUGAAAUAACGUAGAGUGCUACCGUUUUCUACCAUAUAUAUUUUUAAUAAUAUUCAUUAAUUUUAUUCAUUAUUUGUCCAAAGGAUCUGUGUUUCACUCGAUUUGCAAAUACACAUUUAUCUACACAACAUAUCUAGAUAGAAACGACGACGAUAUAAAAGAAGACGAAAGGAGAAGAUAAAAGAAGGAAGAAAUAAAUCGGCUCAUUCGUGACUUGAGAGAGAAAGAAAGAUAUAAAAAGUAUUCGUGAAAAACUCAAACAGACACUCGAUUGAUUUCAAAAAGCUUGGGAUCAAUCGAUCCAUAGCGGUUGCCAAUACACGGUUAUCGUCAAUAUCGUUUAUAUGCGUAAAGAAUAAUAAAUGAGGAAAAGCAAUGAAGUCACGUAUGAUAGACGUUUACCGGUGUUGCUCGUCAACGAUAAAUAUCAAAAGUUGGGUGUCCUGAUUAAACGGGUCGCACGUACUAGAACAACACCGUUUGCAGACGACGAUAUGCUUGGCCAUGAGCUUGACAGAUCUCCUAACUGAUCGAUAUUUACUAGCAACGGCCAUUGUUGCGAACGCCUCUCUCUUCCUCUCUUUAUCUAUCCUCUUUCUGUUUCUACCUAAUGCUACCUUUCAUUGUCGACCAGCAUCGUUUCCUUUCAUUGUGGAUCUUGACGUCGAUUUCUCUGUAUUAUUCAAAAUUGUUUCCAUCCUAUGGAUUCAUUGAACAAUUCACCAAUAUUUCCGAUACUCUGUCCGGCAGAGGUAACUCCGGCCAGGUUCUUCUCGGAGAAGUCGACAUCGCAGUUAGAGAUGACGGUUCCGCCAGCGAGAUCACCACGGAGGAGCCUUAUUUGAAGAAAUGUAUCGUCGAUGGGAAUGCCUAUUCGCACAGUCAAACGAUACCGUCAUACGACGUCAACUCUCAUUGCCUCUGCGUCGCCGGCGAGGUUUAUUGUUGGUGGCAAAAUUAUAAUCCGAGUACCGACUCUUCAAUGGGUUCUGCCUCGUCGUUAUCGACGACUUUAGGAAGCAAUUAUACUCCCAUGUUGGAAGUGAGCACGGACACUGCCGAUAGUUCUGAAGCUUCCGGUGAUCAUCUUGUCGAGGAAGCUCUCGUCGGGCAAUCACAAGGACGCGUCGAGAUCAACUCGACGUACUCGACUACGCCGUCUGCUCCAACAACGUGCCUCGUCAUGGGUAGGGAGUAUCGAGAGGGCGAGGUACUGCCGCAUUCGACCGGAAACUGCGUCGAAUGCAGCUGCGGCUCAGAGGGUCGGGUUGAGUGUUCUCCUCGGGAUUGCGUACCUCUAAGGCCUGAGAUACCGGUCGCACCGGAUAUACCCGAACCACCAGGCGCUGAUUUCGAGCUCUUCGAUUUGGCACGAGAUCGAGGGAUCGACGAGGGAUUUUAAUAAGCUUCUUCUUUUCCCUUUUCUUAUCCUUUUCCUUUUCCCUUUCCUUACCCAUUUCCUUUCCCUUUUCCCUUUUCGUUUUUCUUUUUUCGAGAACCGCCUACUCUAGCGAUGACUCUGCUCGUUCUUUUACGAACGUCGUACGCCAACUUUUUCAACGGAUUCAUUACUCGUAUACAUUUCGUCGCUCUCGAAGCAAUGAUAACUUUUGAAAAGAAAGAAAAACCAAAACAAAACGAAACAACGAUCUUAUAUCUUCUUCUAAUUUAGAAUAGAGUUUGCGUUCGCAAUAGAUCACAUAUGGAUCACCGCGAGACGUGCAAGUCAAGUUAGGAAACUAAUCGAUAAAUCGGCGCCUUCUCUCUUAAUUGAGAACGUGCCUUUCCAUUUCUUCCAUUUAUUGAUUUACCUCAAAGAUAAUUUCUUUUUUUUUUUUUUUCUUUUUUUUCUUUGCUUUUUUUAGUAACGCCUAGCGUAAACUUUUCUAAAAACGAUCAAGUGAGAUUAUUGUAUCGAUCUCCUUUCUCGAUAUCCACGAUUUUCAAUCGCCUAUUAUUAUUACUUUUAGUUGAUCAUAUCCUAAUAUUUCCUUUGGGAAGAACAAAUCGCGAAAAAUGCUUUGCAAAGUCAAUGGAAGACGUCGUAGUAAAAAUUUUUUAAAAGAACACCGAAAACGGUACGAACGAAGAAAUGUGUUCCGUUACUUCGCACGGAAAGAGCUUUUCUCUUUCUAAAAUUUGCGAAACUUUCGGUAUGUUUAGUGAUUUUUCGAGGGAUUUUUCCUGACCAAAUAGGAAAAUAUCUUCUGUAGGGAACGGCCUAUGAACGUAAUAAGAAAAAGAAGAAAAAAAAAAAAGAAGAAGAAAACAAUGUAGGAAAUCGGCCUACGCGACAUUAAUCAAGAAUGAAUUUCAUCAAGUAGCCAAGUGAGAAAAAAAAGUUGACACGACUCUCAUCUUUAUGGAUUACGCAUUUGUCUUUAUCUACUAUUCAGAUCGUCAUAUACCUUUAGACAUUUUCUAGUCUAGACAUAUCUUAGACUAUAUCUUAGUUGUAUUCAAAAUCAUCAUAUCCUAUUCAUAUUCUAGUCAUAAUCAUAGAUCACGCGAUAAAUUUAAUUAUAUCGUAUUUCCCUUGCCCGGGAUGAGUGUAAAAAAAUAUCGAAUAAUUGAAUUAAGAUACACGGAAGGCUAUAUAUUAUAUACACUUAAGUCCAACGAAGCAGUAUUAUCUAUUUUCAUAUAUGCAUUUUAUUUCAGUUCUAUAUUUUGAUCUGAUAUUUUUCAAUGCCAAUGCUAGUAUCUUUUUUAUGUGUUAAAAUAUUCCACGCGUUACCGAUCGAUGCAGCAACUUUGAUCUUCCUUUGUUCUUCCAUCUUUUUCUUUUAUUAACGAAUAUAAAAAGCAUAAUUAUAAGUUCAACGUUCAAUUAUAAUCAUCGUUUCGUACAAUGAGAUUAUAUUGUGUAUCAUGGUGCGAUCUCUUAAUAUACGCGUGUAAUAAUUUUGGUGCUAAUAAUUUCACAUUUUUAAAUCGUCAAAUUGUGCUUAAAUACGAUUCGUUGAAACUUUGUAAAAGUCUUUGCUAUAUAACGUUUAUUGUUUAUAAAAUACAAUAAUCUAUGCUCGUAUAUAGAAGCAUUUUCUAAAUUCUCUCAAGUAGCGAAGCUAUUCUUCUUGUUGUCGUUUACAAGUGACUACAAUUUCAAUAUAUUUUAGGGACACCCUGUGUAUAUACAUACAUAUAAAUCCAUACAUAGAACAUACAUAUAUACAUAUGAUAGAAACACAUACCCAUUAUGCAAGGAACCAAAUAUUAAGAUAACGACCUAUACACACAUACAUACGUGUAUAUAUAUACAUACAUAUAUACAUAUAUAUAUAUAUAUACGUAGGUAUAAAAAUGUAUGUAUAUAUACUUGCGAAUAAAUAGACGUAGAUAAUUUUAGUUUGAUAGAAUUUGGAUGUCGCAUACUUUUUACAAAUGCGUUCUUAGGGUAUUUCAUUUGACCAUUCCAGUGCAAUUUCAAUUGACCAUGUUAAGGAUUACUAUUAAACAGUCCCUAUUCCAUAAAGAUUAUUUAAAAGCAAGGAAUCGCUUGUUAAAACUUUCAAUGGUUGCAAGGUACAGAAAAUGUUCUUCUGAGCGCGCGUCUACGUGUACGUUUAUGUGCACGUCUGUAUCUCAUAUGGAUGCGCUUCCAUACAUGGACACGGUUAAUCCUAUGAAAAGUUAGCAGACUAUGCGUUGGAGAAGCUAAUUAUGAAAGAAAAUGGCUAGAAAAGGGGCUAUAAUUACGUAAUAUAUUUAAGAACGACGGAAGAGAACAUUACCUAUAGGUAGUCGUAUUAUUAGGUAGACUCCAAUGUGAUAUAUACACGCAAAAGAUAACUUUGUCUAAGAGUUUAUAAUACUUUUGAAAAGGGCCGAUCUUUCAUCAGGGUCGUUGGAAAGAACUUAGUAACGUAGUAGUGUACUACGAGUAACGAGAAAAAACAAAACAAAAAAAAAAAAAAAAAAACUCUGUACUCAAUAGGACCACCAACCAAAAUAUUCUCGUUCGAAUUGUACAGAAUCAACGAAUUAACUUAUAUAGAUCCACGCAUGCAACAACUUUGAUUGUCAUUAAGAUAUUUUUAUUCGAUUAUCUUUUAGAUAACUUUAAGAUAACAUGAUGCUUCGCGUUAUCCCUAACACUCUUUACCUUUUUAAUUGUUAUUAUCGACACGACUUUCUUCCGUAUCGUGAUCGAGGAAAGGUUAGUUCGUUGUAAACGCCUACUACGGAUUUUAGACAAUCCAUAUUUCUUCCUCCAUAAAGAAUCGAUGAGAAUAAGCAUGAGGAUUCAAAGAAUGGAAAGGGAAGGGAAGGACAAAGUAGUAGAUAGAUUUGUAAUAUAAUUUAGUUGCGGUGACGUGCCACGGGACCAUCAUCAAGGAACGAAGAAUGAUAUCGCGCAUUGAUUUUCCGUUAGUUUUUUAUAUUUAAGUAACGAUCUCGUAACGUCUUCCAACUAUCCCACACACAGUUAUGUCCACCUUAACGUUCGUGGGGAUCUCCUGUCCUCUCAAAAACGAUUGUUAUUCGAAUAAAGGAGGAUCUUACGAUCAA